AUGUCCGGAAGAGAAGAAAAGAUAGCUAUACAACAAUUGAAGGACAGAUUCGCUGAAGAACCUGUUAUUGCAAGCUUUCACGAAGAUCGGCCGAAUAUAGUCGAAACCGAUACUUCCGAUACAGCUGUAGGCGCUGCACACUUUCAGCUAGACGAGAACGGAAAACUACAUCCUGUAGUUUAUUAUUCCGAAAAGUACUCGCUAGCUGAACAGAACUACGACAUUUAUGAGAAGGAACUCAUAGCUAUAGUCAAAGCUUUGAAGGCCGACACAUUGAGCAAGCAGCCUGGGUACGAAAGAGACAAAGUCUACAAGAAAGUAGCAAUCUUUCGAGAAGAUAAAGACGGGAACCUUGUUCCUAAUACGAAGGAGAUCGCCGCCCUCAGCCGGACCAAGGGACUAUAG